AUGACCGCACCUCGACUCUACUACCAGAAUGAAGGAAUUACUGGAGCAGGAUACUACAGCGAAGUCAUGAUCGGUUGUCGUCAGAUCACCAAGCAAGCCUCGCAGCUUUGUCUUGACGCCAUCGACGCUGUUUUGUUCUCUGGUAAUGGCUGCUUUUUGCUUGCGGACUUCGCCACUGCUGAUGGAGGCAACUCAAUGGAACUUAUUAAAUUCCUCAUUGACGCACUGAAGAAGAAGCACGGGCACAAGUUUGACAUUCAAGUAAUCCAUGAAGAUCAACCAUCAAACGACUGGACAUCGUUUUUCAAACGUGUGCAAGGUAUGAUUUCUGAGCCGGAAAGCUAUCUCGUAGCCCAUCCAGACGUGCCGUGCACGGUAACCGACGGUUUUCGACCGGCAGAAAUCACCGUGGCUGAGGAACGAGAGAUGUUUAAGCGGCAGGCGGCCGAGGAUUGGGAGACCAUCCUCGUACAUAGAGCUAGAGAGCUGCGACCAGGUGGACGGCUGGUGAUAGUUCCUUUCGCCACGGAUAAAGAUAAGCAGUACACGGGAAACACGAAACGUAUUAAGUGCAAUUGCUUCAACCUUUUGUCGAAAGAGUGCCGCGAAUUGGUGAAUAGAGGCGUUAUUACUAAGGAAGAGUUUCAGAACAUGAACCACAACGUUUACUAUCGCACAGAGGAAGAACUGAAGGAGCCUCUGAUCAAUGUCGAUUCUCCUGUUUAUAAGCUUGGCCUCCGCCUGGUAUCGAUUGAAGUAAAGCAAGUCAACUGCUACUUCCAGGAUAGAUGGGUUGAAAUCGGCGAUAAUGGUGACAUUGCUGAGGCCCGUGCUCACGCGAAGUCGUAUGUUAGUUCGUUUCGCAUUUGGGCGCACAGCGAUUUGCUUCACGGUCUAUCCGAUAGCCGUUCACCCGAAGAGAAGGCAAAUAUCCUCGACGCCUUCUUCCAGAGUUUUGAGGAUGCAGUGGCAGAGAAUCCGCGAGACCAUGGCAAGGAUUAUAUUGUUGCUUAUGUUCAUAUGAGAAAACUGGAAUGAUAUUUUAGUAGAUUUUAACACAUGCAAUUUGGUGUUUAAUGGGGAAUUGAAGCGCGUCAUGUAGUUAACCAACAGUAAAAUCAUGUAAUAAUCUUCACUAUAUGUGGCGGAUCAAAACUCGGGGGUCUAA